AUGGUGGAGUAUAGUAGCUAUGCGGUCAUAGGUGUCUACCUCUCGACCGUCAUCCUGGCUGGUUUCGCCGGUAACGUUAUCGUCAUCGCAGCCUUCUUAAAAUCAAAGAAACUCCGGACUCCCAAUAACUAUUUGAUCAUGAACUUAUCCGUGAGUGACUUGGCUAUGGCGCUAAUUGGGACACCCAUGUCAUGUUCGAGUAGCUUCGCUGGGAGGUGGUUAUACGGCAGUUUCGGGUGCUACUACUAUGGGUUUAUUAACUAUUAUUGCGGGUGCAUCUCACUCAACACAUUUGUGGUUAUCGCAGUGUAUAGAUAUUUAGUGGUCCUUAGACGACCAAACGGACCCCGUAUAACAACUACAAUGAUACUCAGAGCCAUCGUCGCCGUUCACAUUAUCACGUUGCUUUUCGCCACUCCCCCACUCUACGGUUGGAAUGGGUUUGUACUUGAGGGUUUCUACACCCAAUGCGACAUUGACUAUCGGACCAAAUCGCCACUGUACGUCUCCUACGUGGUUUUCAUGUUCAUUGUCUUAUUCACAGUUCCUCUUUCGGUCAUCUGCUAUUGCUACUGGAGCAUCUUCUCGUUUCUCCGACGUAGGACGGGGGAGCAGAUGUCUCAGUCCAUGGAGAAACGGACCACAAUGAUGAUGCUGAUAUGUGUGGUGCUGUUCUUAGUAGCCUGGACUCCAUACUGUGUGGUGUCACUGUGGGCACUGUUUGGUGAUCAUCGUGGUAUCUCCCAGGCUACCUCAGCAGCGCCCUCUCUAAUCGCCAAGUCGUGUAUCGUCUUUAAUCCCAUCGUUUACGGAGUGUUGAGCCCUCAGUAUAGACGAGUAUUUCAGGGAGGGGGUUCACCAACCUACAACACAGCCAGUUGGCACACCAACGUCUCACCAACAUCAGACGUCUCAAGUUUCACCCUUAGUGGGCCUCACACAUCACCAUAUCACCAACUGGCAGAUCGUCAACACCAUAAGGACACUCAACUCAGUCAACCCGAAAUUCUUGUCAGUUUUGAGGAAGUCUCUCUCUUCACCAACAUACCAGAGAAGCACAUAAUCGCCAAACAACACUUCAAGCUGAUCCCACAAUGA